AUGAAUUCUACAUGGGAACAAGUACGAAGAGAGGUCAGAGCUUAUCGAAACUCUCUUCAAACCACCAAUUUUCAUAAUAUCAAAGACUUUUGUUUUGAUGACAAAAAUAAUCGCGCAUACUUUUUGGCGAUUGAUCCUUCACGGAAGAAAACUGCUACUUUAUUUUAUGUGAAUUUGCCUCCUGUGAAGAAUGAAGUGGAAAAUGAAGAAAUCGAUGAAGAUAAUUCUUGGACUUUAAUAAAUGGCUCAACCGACUCAACUAAUGGUGAAUGUCAUGAUUCCUCAUUUAGUUUUAAUAAUAGUGAAUUCUGUGUGAAAGAGAAACCACUUUCCGAUUCAUUACCACGAGAAGAAAUGUUUGUAAAAGAACGAAGGAGAUUAGGAUUACAUGGGAUAACCAAUUUUCAAUUUGAUUCUAGGAGUGGACAUCUAUUGUUUAGUUAUGGUAGUGGGAUUUAUUUAGGUCAAAAUAAAGAAUUUUAUCCGCGUCCAAUUUUACCUUCUUCACCUUUUUCAUCCGGACCAAUAAUAUACCCAGGAAGCAUUGUGAAUCUUCCAAUUACAUAUUCACAAAUACCCAAUAGUUUACCACAACAACCCGAAGGUUUAUCACCACUUCCUUUACCUUCAAACACUGGAUCGUUAUUAUCAUCAUCAUCUUUAUGCUGUUCAUCAUUUAAUAAUAUUCAACCACCAAGAUUAGAUCCCAAAUUAGGUGGUCGUAAUAGUAAUUUAGUAGCAUUUAUUCGGGAUCGAGAUAUUUGGGUCACUACGCUAAAUGGAUGUGAAACUCAAUUAACUUUUUGUGGGGAACAAGAUGAGGCAUUGAGUUGCGGAGUUGCGGAAUUUGUAAUGCAGGAAGAAUUUCAUCAAAAUAUUGAACGAAUCUUGUAUUUACAAAUAUCAGAAUCAAUGGUAGAUUUAGUAUUAAUACCAAGACCCGAACCUCUGGGAGAAAUUGAAGAAUAUCGUUAUCCAAAAGCUGCAAGUGAUUUGCAGAUAGUCGAAUUUAUUCCACGUUAUAGUGAAGAGGAGGAAGCAACUUUUGGACCUGUUCAUAAAAGACUUUGGGGGCCUACAGCAUUGAAUAAAUUAUUUCCUUGGAUGGAAUAUAUUGUUCGAUUUGGUUGGCAUCCAAAUGGCAAAAGUGUGUGGGUACAAUUUCUUGAUCGAUCACAAAAAAGAACCGCCGUAGUUAAAAUUCCAAUUGAAAAUUUCACGAGUUUUUCUCAAUAUCGUGAAUAUCAGAAAAGUGGACAAGGGUUAGAUGAUUUAUGUAUUUCACGAGUGGAACUUUUAUUCGAAGAGACAAACGAUAUUUGGAUAAAUGUAGAGAAACCUUCCGAAACAUCAACAGAUUAUCAUGUUAGAUCGAUAACUGCUGGAGAUUGGCCGAUUGUUGAUCGACCGAUAUAUGUUGAUACUAAGAGAGAGUUGGUUUAUUUUACAGCUAAAAAAGAUACUCCAUUAGAAAAUCAUCUUUAUGUAGCUAGUUAUGCAAAAGGAGCGGAUCCGUCAAAUGUAGUACGACUUACCGAAAUAGGGUAUAGUCAUGUAGUAGUAUUAGAUGAAAAAUGUUCAAGAUAUUUAGAUUGGUUUUCUAAUGUAAAAGAAAAACCUAGAUGUGGAGUAAGAUAUCUUGAAUGGAGUAAAAAUACAAUAUUUCCUAAAACAAGUGAAACAUUAGGUUUAUUUAUAAGAAGAGGUUGUGAAGAAGAGGAGGAAGAGGAGGAAGAGGAAAAGGAGGAAAGGGAGGAAAGUGAGGAAAGGAAGGAAAAGGGAGAAGAGAAGAAAGAAGAAAAGGAAGAAGAGAAGAAAGGGGAAAAGGAAGAAACUAAAGAUCGACGGGGUAAAUGCCCUCCAUUAGGAGAAUUUUUCAAUUUUAAAAAUAGUGAUGGAAUUACUAUAUAUGGAUAUUUAUACAAACCAGAAAAUUAUGUCCCGGGAAAAAAAUAUCCAACCCUUCUUAGCAUUUAUGGUGGACCUAAAUCACAA